AUGUAUAUUGCUCGACUGCAUAAGGAGCUGCGCCAAACCAAGAAUGAACCCCAAGAAUCGUCAGCUCGUAAUGAUGAAUUGUCAAAGGAUUUUGAGGGAUACAAGGCCCUAUUUAAUUUUACCAAACAACUUUUAGACAUCGGCAAGGCGACUACGCUAGAAAAAGAACUUGAGGCUUGCCACAAUAAACUCGGAAAGUUGAAGGCCAAGAAUCAGUAUUUCGAACAACGCAACAACGAGCAACGAUACUUGGAUGGAAGAUGCUUCUCCUCUUUACACGAAGAUAUUCGCAUCCACAAGAAAGACGGAGACGAGAAGUCGAGAGAAGUCACCAUAAGUAUUGUUUUCACAUUUCCAAAGCGGACCUACUUGUCGAAUGGUUACCCAAUGGAACAACAGGACGAUUGUGCUGUCGGCUACAUGAGAUUUAAGGGCUACAUAUACCUUGCUCGUUCUGGAACUCAAGGCGACCCAACUGGUUUCAUCAACAGAAACCAUUGGACUACGGCUGCCGAGCAACUGGCUAAUUUGAACUCGACAAAUCCAGUCUCUUAUGUGAAAAAGACACAAGAUCGUGUUAUGCAAGAUUUCCGCGCACGAAAGGACGAAAUUACCAAAGACUUAUUGGAAAAGGAUAACGGGAAUAAUGAAAAUGAAACACGCCAUGUUGAGCAGCCAUUCUGCUUCAUGGAUCUGCCCGGCGAGAUACGCGACAUGAUCUAUGACUUUAGUAUACAGGACGAUGCAGUCAUGCGUCAGCGCCGAAUUUUUCAUGACACCUUUUACCUUUACUACUCCAGAAAGCGCGAGGGGCUAUGGUUUACGUGGACAGUCAAGAACCUGGACUUCUUUCAUUUCCUUCGCUUCUGGCAGUCGCUCAUGACGCGUGGGGACCACUCAGUGGAGAUAAAGCCCGAGGAGGUGCAUCUAAAGUUUGUCGACGAAAACGAAAUGAAGGAUAUAGUUCUACAUGACCGAAAGUUCGAAAACGUCAAAAGACUUGUGGAACUGCACUGGCUGGAAGGCUUUCCUCUGUGGGGUCGUCUUACUGGCUGUACCGACUUUGAGGAUGACAGGGGCCCAUUCUUCGACUGGAUGUAUUCGGUUCGCCAGAUCGUGGCACUCUACCGCGUCAAUCGUGAGACGUGGAAGAGUCAUUCCAUCAAACAUCUCCGUAAAUGUGAGGAUCUGGACGACGAUGAAUCACUAGAGACAAAUUUUCCGGCACUAGCAGACGUUGAGCUCGUCGAGAAAAUCAUUGACAUGCUAUGCUACGCAAUUGAGUACAACCUGGGAUAUAGAGGCAACUAUACGCUCUUGGGUCGUGACGGUAAAGAAUGUGACAAGGACGUCUUCAAGGUCUUUUGGUAUAAGCGCAAUCAUCGCAAGAUUGCUCUAGAAAGGGAACAUGCUUUUGUGCAUCAUGUGCGCCAGUAUCGCAACAAGAUCGACAAAGAGCUAAGAGAUCUACUUGGAGAGACAUAUGAGAUUGUCAGCAUCAAGCAUGGUCUACCGAAUCGGGAAGUCCAGGCCGUCGGCCAAGGCGAGCGCAUCCCAUGGCUUCUCGAGGAACUCGAUAUCCCAUACGAGUUGAAACUCUACAAGCGCGCAUCUCUCCUCGCACCACCUGAGCUCAAGGCAAUCUACCCCAUGGGCGCAGCACCCGUUCUCGAAGACCACACAGAUGCCAGCAAUCCCAUCAAACUUGCAGAGACUGGUGCCAUCUGCGAGUACGUCAUCCACAAGUACGCCAAUGGACGACUGGCUCUCGGACCGCAGCACAAGAACUUUGCCGACUACCUUUAUUGGUUCCACUUCGCAAACGCUUCGCUGCUAUCUGGACUUUACAGGAGAACCAUGUCCCGUGGUAUGGUCGGCGAAGAGGACCCCAGAUACAAGAACAACGACAAUCGUGUUCAUAUUGCGCUAAACCAUAUCAACAACCAACUUCUCAGCAACACUUGGCUCGCCGGCGAUGAGUUUACUGCUGCGGACAUCAUGAAUGGCUGGUGCUUCACCACGAUGCGGAAGUUUGAGUCAAUCGACUUGACCGACUACCAAGGCAUCAUGGCGUGGCUGGGACGCGUGGGACAACGUGAGGCCUAUAGACGCGCCAUGGGCAAGUCUGACCCAGACCUCGACAUAGAUUUGGGACUCACCGCGAAGGGUCCGCGGCUCGAUGAGACGUGGGAGAAGGCUAUGGCGAUGAAGCCUAGGAGAAGGGAGAAGCUGUGA